GCCGCAUCUCAUGCUCUUCUUAGUUGGAGAAGGCUAAAGGGUGAGUUUCGUCGACCCGCUGGUUUAAAAGAUAAGAGAAAUCUAAAGACGGAUGCGGUACGAGUUGACACCGUUGGAUACGCCGUCGAAGUCGAGUCGGUGUUGGGUUCGUUAUUUUGCUGCGACGUGCAUCGCCCUUUUGGAGCGCUCUUCUUCGCUUCUCCGGUUCGCCGCCUGGCUUACGGAUAGGGUUGGGUUCCCAUAACCCUACCGCGGGGUACCGGAGAAGGCGAUAUGAUCCGACGAAUAGGUGCGCACCAAGCAUUCGAUGAAAUGCCUACCACCCUUCGGUGCUCAAUGGUGUGAAAAGAUUUCCUGUCUAAUAUACUGUAGACGUUCUUCCAGUUACAAGAACGGGAUUCGGGUUGCCUUCGUGGGGCACGAGGCCGGCAUCGAGCUUGCAGAUGGAUCUUCCUCUCUGUUCACCUCUGAGACUAACCCCGACGGCUCGGUUCCCACCAUCGAACACAUUGAGGGCUACUUGCUCCGUCUCCGGUUCGACGAAGAAGAACAGAGUCAUCGUGAUCUCCGGCCCCACAGGAGCGGGAAAGAGUAGGCUCGCAUUAGAGCUAGCGAAGGCACUCGAUGGGGAGAUCGUUAGCGCUGAUUCCGUGCAAGUGUACCGUGGACUUGAUGUCGGAUCGGCCAAGCCUUCUACGUGGGACAGAAACGAAGUGCCUCAUCACUUGAUCGACAUCUUGCAACCCUCGGACGAUUACUCUGCCGGGCAGUUCUUUGAGGAUGCCAGGAGAGCAACCGAGGGCGUUGUAGGAAGAGGCCGAGUCCCAAUUGUUGCCGGAGGGACUGGACUCUAUCUAAGAUGGUACAUAUAUGGAAAGCCAGACGUUCCAAAGGCGUCGUUCAUGAUUUCGCACGAAGUAUGUGCAGAGCUCAUGGAAUUGCAGAACAGUAAGCAGUGGGAUGCAGCUGUGGAUUUAGUGGUCAAGGCCGGUGAUCCAAAUGCUCGGUUUCUGCCCACAAAUAACUGGUAUCGGUUGCGGCGUAGUCUCGAGAUCAUCAGGUCCUCUGGAAUGCCUCCUUCAGCUUUCAGUGUGCCGUAUGAUUCAUUUCGCCAGCGUCUUGAUUCGAGAGCAUCGCACACCUCGGUCGUCGAACACCUACCUGAUGCAAACAGCUCCCUGAACACUGCAAAGGACCUGGAUUACAACUUCAUUUGCUUCUUCCUUACGGGCCCGAGAAUUGAUCUGUAUAGGUCGAUCGACUUGAGGUGCGAAGACAUGCUGAUGGAAACCGAAGGGCUUCUCUCAGAAGCCUCGUGGCUGCUUGACAUUGGCCUUCAUCCGAACAUGAAUUCUGCGACUCGAGCAAUUGGGUACAGGCAAGCCAUGGAGUACCUGCUGAGCUGUAGGGAACAAGGAGGAAGAAGCACUCCUGAAGAGUUCCGUGCAUUCUUAUCCGAAUUCCAAAAAGCAUCUCGAAAUUUUGCAAAGAGGCAGAUCACAUGGUUUCGGAAUGAGCUUAUCUAUUACUGGCUUGAUGCCUCGAGACCAUUCGAAGAAGUCAUCGAUUUCAUUUGUGAUGCGUACCAUGAUCAAACGGGGAGAUUGGUGGUGCCCGAGUCGCUUAAAAUGAAGAAACACACCAAUGGGCGACAGGAAACCUACGAGUUGAAGUCCUAUCGAGCACUAGUUAAGCUGUUUAGCCGCGAUCAAGAUUGCGAUCAUGUUAUGAAUUGGAUCAGAAGCACCCAGCGUCGAUAAGGAAUUCAUGGACGGUCCCAUCCAGCUCGAACCAACUCCAUCCUGGGCGGUUCUUGAUGCCUCUCCCCUUCAUCACCCUUCGGAUCUCCACCACUUCCCUCCAUUUGUUCUCAGAAGCAUACAUACUUGAUAACUGCACAUAAGCUCCGGUGUGGCAAGGAUCCAACUCGAGCAUCUUUCCUGCAACGACGUCUGCAAGCUCUGCGUAGCCAUGGCUUUUGCAAGAACUCAGUAGAGCUCCCCAAGUUGCCACGUCUGGUUCGAUAUGGGAAGCAGCUCUAACAAGAUCACAUGCUUCGGGAACAUGCCCGGCUCUUCCCAGCAGAUGAACCAUGCAAGAUAAGUGCUCGGCGCGAGGAGUAAUCCCAUAGGAUUCGGUCAUCUUAUCGAAGAAGUCUCUUCCUUCUUCGAUCCAUCCAGCAUACGCACAAGCCGAUAAAAUUGCAACGAAGGUGGUGCUACUUGGCCUUGUGCCAUCCUUGGACAUCUCCGAGAAGAGCUCGAGGCAUUCGGCUGCUUUCCCGUGAAUGGCCAAUCCCAUCAGCAUCACAUUCCAUGAGACCUGGCUCUUGUGCACCAUCCUCGCGAACAGAGAACGAGCCGUAUCUAAACAGCCACACUUGGCGUACAUAUCCACAAGCACAGUGCUCAAGACGGUGUCAUGGCAGAGCUUGCUCUCGUCCAAGCUCAGGUGUACUUGCCGCCCCAAGUGAAGAGCACCCAGAUGAGCACAAGCGUUGACGGCGCUGGUAAUAGCUGCUUCGUUGGUAGCUACACCGGCGUCGAUCAUCUCCUUGUACGCGCUCAAAGCCUGCUUGAAGCGAUCGUUUUGCACGUACCCAUUGAUCAGUGAACUCCAGGACACUUCAUUCUUGUUUGGUGUUUGAUCGAACAGACUCUGUGCAGCCUCCAUGUCGCCAGUCCUCGCCGACCCAGCAACCAUGGAGUUCCAAGAAACCACAUCUUUGUGGGGCAUCUCAUCGAACAAUUUCCAAGCAUCAUCGAUGCUCCCACACUUGUUGUACAUGUCGAUCAAUGAAUUGACCACAUGAGUGUUGUCCUUCA